AGCGGUCACCACCUUCUCCCUUCCUCUCCACGAGUCGCGACCCCCGCGCCCGGGCCGCGGGGAGCUGCCGAAGCGUUUGUUUAGCUCGCGGAGGCGGCCGGAAGCGCCGGCAAGGAGGGAAGCCCGCCUCGGAGCGGGUCUGGUGCAAAAGAGAUUCGGAUGUCAUUAAGUUUUGCAAGUCUUGUUCACUGCAAAGUUGUAUUACGGCAUUAACAGUGAUACUAAGCUGCUCACCUUAUCUUCCUGAUAUGUCAUGUCUGAAUUUCAGGAUGGACAGAAAGUGCUCUUUGGGGUGUUUACUAGUGACAUAUUUCUAGACUGGAAACGAACAGAGGGAAGAGCAUCUUUGCAAGCAGGCUGGCUAACCUAGUGAGGAGGGCUUUAAACUAGGUUCACCGGGGGAAGGAGACCAAAGCCCUGAGUUUCUACAGCACGAAGGGCUUCUGUGAGCGAAAUUUUGACCUUUUCAAUGACAUCAUCGCCAUCACUUUUGUGGUCCGACGUAGCCUCACAGCCCAUUAAUAUUUCUUCCUCGGACAGAAAUUCUGAAGUCGGGCAAUCUUCAUCCAUCUCUAGCCACUAGGAAUUCGGAAAUGCCUGAAGACGUGCAUGACACAAUCACCGAAAUCAGCUCCAGUCGAUAAUUGUUUUUAAAAUUCUGAAUAAUGCCCUGGUCUAAAGAUUUUUGAUGUGGUGUUGAAUGAUGAUGGCUGAUCUAAGAGAAACCAUCACAUGAAGCUUGCACAGUAUAUCAUAUAAAAAUUUUAGUGAUCUGUACCUCAGAUGAAGUAUCAAGUGUCAGACGAGGCAAUAGGAGACCAAGAAUAUAACCCAGCCUGUAGAAGUGAGUUAAGAAAACCAGAGUAAUUAAUGCCUAGGUAGCUUGAUGGCUCUCACUUCAAACCAAAGUCAUCCUUCAACCAAAGCAAGAAAGGGACCGUGCACAACCUGAACACAGAAUGCCAUUCCUAAAUAACUGAAGAGUGAAGAAACCCUCAUGAAUAUCGACCACGGCGAUCCGGAGAGCAUCACUGAUGGCUGCUCCAGUGAGGACUGUCCUGAAGUAGAAUUGGUGAACAUGCUGGAAGAACAGCUACCACAGUAUAAGCUACGAGCGGAUACUCUGUAUCCGUAUGACAACCAAGACUGGCUCCAGGACCCAUCCUGCUAUAGCCAUGUCCCCCAAACCAUCUCUCCUGUCCUUGCUGAGGAGACCUUCCGUUAUAUGAUUCUCGGCACAGACAGAGUGGAGCAGAUGACGAAAACCUACAAUGACAUUGACAUGGUCACACAUCUGUUAGCUGAGCGGGAUCGGGACCUGGAGCUAGCAGCUCGGAUUGGACAAGCCCUUCUGAAGCGGAACCAUGCCCUGACAGAACAAAAUGAAGUGCUAGAAGAACAACUGGGACAAGCCUUUGACCAAGUUAACCAGCUGCAGCAUGAACUAUCGAAGAAAGAUGAGUUGCUUCGUAUUGUUUCAAUUGCUUCUGAGGAAAGUGAGACAGACUCCAGCUGCUCUACACCACUUCGGUUCAAUGACUCCUUCAACCUGUCGCAUGGUCUUUUGCAGCUGGAUGUCUUGCAGGACAAACUCAGGGAACUGGAGGAGGAAAACCUGGCUCUCCGAUCAAAGGCUUGUCAUCUAAAGACAGAAACCAUUACAUAUGAAGUGAAAGAGCAGGAGCUGGUCAGUGACUGUGUCAAAGAGCUCCGGGAAACACAUGCUCAAAUUGCCAGAAUGACAGAAGAGUUAUCAGGAAAGAGUGAAGAGCUGACUCACUAUCAGGAAGAGAUCUCAACCCUCUUGUCUCAGAUUGUUGAUCUUCAGCAUAAACUCAAAGAGCAUGUGAUUGAAAAAGAGGAGCUGAAACUUCACCUACAAGCUUCCAAAGAUGCCCAGAGACAGCUGACAGGAGAGCUGCAUGAGUUACAGGAUCGGAAUGCAGAAUGUCUAGGGUUGUUGCAUGAAUUACAAGAAGAAGUGAAGGAGCUGCGCAGCAGAGCCAGCCCUGCUGCACAUCUCUGCCGCCCCCAGUCAUGUGGGGCAUUUCCUUUGAAUUCCCUUGCAGCAGAGAUUGAGGGGACAAUGCGAAUGGAGCUGAUUCAGGAUGAAGAAUCUGCUCCCGGUAAACAAAAGGAUCUGCAGAAACGGGUGUUUGAUACUGUCAAGGUUGCUAAUGUUACACGUGGUCGCUCUUCUUCAUUUCCUGCCCAACUACUAAUCCCUGGAUCUAAUCGUUCAAGUGUUAUCAUGACCGCAAAGCCCUUUCAGUCUGGUCUACAACAAGUGGAGAGCAAGGCACAUCUGAACCAGAGGAGCAGCUCCAAGGAAAUCUCAAAGGACAACCAAAAGCUGGGCCAGCCUGGAACCCCUGGAGACAAUGAUUUAGCUACGGCUCUGCACACACUUCAUCUCCGUCAGCAAAACUACCUGAGUGAAAAGCGGUUCUUUGAGGAGGAAUGGGAGCGUAAAAUGCAUUUGCUGGCUGACCAGAAAGAAGAGGCUGGUGGCUGUUGCACACCAGUAGGGAGUUGUCUGUCCGUGGGUGCAAACUCAGAAUUCACUGACUUCUCUGGGGGCUCUCCCUGCCUCCGUUUGCUCCUGCCAGAGAAAUUACAAAUUGUUAAACCUCUCGAAGGAUCUCAGACUCUGUUCCACUGGCAGCAGCUUGCUCAACCCAACUUAGGUACCAUCCUCGAUCCACGGCCAGGUGUUGUCACAAAAGGCUUUACACCAUUACCUGAGGAUGCCAUCUACCACAUCUCUGACUUGGAGGAAGAUGAGGAAGAAGGGGAAGGAGGUAUAACAUUUCAAGUGCAACAAGCCUUUCUGGAGGAAGGGACACGUGCAGUGCCAAAGCCAGAGGCAGGGAUCUUCCUGCCACCUCUUACUUCAGCAACAGUGCCACUCGCUGCCUCAAACCCAGGAAAGUGUCUCUCCUCCACAAACUCCACAUUCACCUUCACUACCUGUAGGAUCCUGCACCCCUCUGAUGUCACUCAGGUUACCCCCAGCUCCAUGUACACGCCAUUGUCAUUUGGAAGUAGUGGCAACAGUACUGGCAAUACAACGGUGAGCUCUCCAGCCAUGUCCUGUAGGCUUAGUAUUGGAGAGUUCCUCGCCAACAGAAGAGACUCUUCCACCACCUUGAGCACCACCACCAGUCUGGCUAAACUCUUGCAUGAACAAGGCAUCUCUGCCAAAGUUUGUGAUAACUGUAUGCCAGGAAAGCUGCCUAUUCUACAGCCCCUACGAACCCUUCCCGUUCCCUCCACUCCCCGAAAUUCUCCCUCACACUCACCUUGUUCUUCCCCUCUGCCUUUUGAUACUCGAGUGCAUCUCUCUGAAAACUUUCUGGCAUCACGACCAGCUGAAACAUUCUUGCAGGAGCGGUGUGGCCUGAAACCAUCCCAUAACCCUCCUAACCUAGACCAACUGAAGAUGAACCUGGUGGACAGGCUGAAGAGGUUGGGUAUUGCCAGAGCAGUCAAACCCCCGGAGGCAGGGGACCAUGUUAAAAAUCAAGGGCCAGAAAUUGGCCUGCGGAGACCGGACUCGGCUGUGUUUUUAAGUGCAGGUAGCAACCUAAUGGGUGGACUGAGAAGAAACCAGAGUCUUCCAGUCAUGAUUGGGGCACUUGGAGCUCCAUUUUGCACAUCCUCAUCAAAAAUGGGUAUCUUAAAGGAAGACUGAGUGGUUUCUAAGUAACAGACUUCUAGCAGAACAAAUAAUAUGUUAAGGCUGAACAUCUGAUACAGGUGUGGAAUGGAAAGUUGCAGAAGGAAUGUGCACGUUAAAGUGGAAAAAGAAAGGGAGAUGGGGUGAGAGAGAGAGAAAUUGCAUGGAGUUGAGGAAGGAAGAAGAAAGAAUUGGGAAGAGAUCACAGGAGAGAAGAAACCAAAGCUAAACCUUGAGACCCUUUACACAUCUGAUUUCCUGGCUUAAAUAAAAAGACAAUAACAAAUGCUUGUUAGUAUCUUCUGCUUUCAAAUGUAUGUGUCUGGGGCAAUAAAUGUCUUGUAGAAUGCUCUGUCUCCCCUCUCCACCAUGAUCAUAUUAUUUUGCCAAAUGUUAGCGGUGAUAUUGUACCACUGAAGGUAUUAGUAAAAGGAACAAGGAAUCUGUUCUUUACUGCACCAGAAUAAUUGGUCCAAAUCCAUCUCUGUAAUGAAGAACAAGCACAGGAACAACUCGGAUUCCUUUGUUUUUUGCAUUUCCAAAUUAGAAAUUAAACUGAACCUCUUCUUUUAAAAAAAUAUUUUGUAUGUUAAGUUUUAUACUUCUCAUUGCAUGUACAAAUAAGAGUUGGGGUAGGAUUUUUAUUUUGGAUGAGUGCAGCGGUGCUAGUGGAGUAUCAACAGAAUGACAUUCCUCUCUGAACUCUCUGAAAGCUGUUGAAAGCACGUUGAGGAAAGUGCAAUCAGUAGGAGUUAAGCAGAAGAUUUUAUAUUCUAGGGGAAAAUUGUUUAUUUCAAGCCACAAAACGUUUCCAAAGCAUGCUAUGCAUAUAUUUUUAAUAAAAGGAGGUUUGCUUGCACACACACACACACAUACACGCACACUCACAAAAUCUCAGGCACGUUUUAAGGUUAUAAAAGGGAGUAAAACAUAAAUGCUUGAUUCUAGGUUUGUUUUUAUUUCAUCUAAACGGGGAGCAUAUUUUUAACAGAAGAUGACAGAAUGUUAGAAGUUUUGUGACUGACUCUGCUCUUGGCUACUAGAUAGUCCCUACAUUUGAGAGAGCUUUUUAAUGGAAUAUAAACCUAAUGGAUAUGAUACUUAAGAUACUUUCUGAUUCUAGGCAGGAUUCUGUUACACAGAUUUCACUGAGGAAACAGUCCAUGAAAGUUGUUCUGGAACUUUGGUUAGUACAUAAUCGAACGUUCCAGACUCUGGCACUGAAGCAACAAAUAAGGCAGCGGUGAAUGGUUUUUGUGGCCACUGUAUCAAAUAGAAAUGAGUUUUGUCAUUGUCAGAAGAUAAUCUGCCUCUUCUUUGUUAAUGGAGAGCAGUUCAAAGACUUACUGUUCUGAGUGAAAGUAAUAAAGAUCUUAAGAGGCAGAACUCACUGCACUGGAAAAUUGAAUGGACAGAAAUCAAGUCCCUUGAAAAGAAUCUAUUGGUGUCUUUGGGUGCUAAAUAGCAGGACGCUUUGAGCCCAUCACCAGUGGAUUCAGAAGCAUUUUAGCUAUAACUAAGCAUAAAAAGUUGUUCCUUUGAAUAAUCUAUAUCAUGGUUUAUAAAGGGGCUACAAGGAAAAAAAACCUGUCCAAACUGAUCAGUGCUAGAUCUCUGCAAGUGAUUCUGUUGUGAACAAGUCCUUAAUCUCUGUGAAAUAGAAUAGUUUAUUUGUAACCUAAUUUUAGCUACAAGGAACUUUCAUUAUUAUGAUUUAUAGUCUCCAUUUCUUUACAAGUGAAUUAACAAUUAUACUUUAUCCUAGUUGUUAAAUAUAGUUAUGGUAGACCUAGUGGGACCAGGCCAGCGUGAGUAGUGUAAGUGAUCAAAUUAUGAUGGAAAAUCAAACCAGAGUUCAAAGCUAUAUAUGUUUCGACUGAAUGGUCUUUACCCGCACUGGAACAAUUUUUAUAGAGAUUUUAAUACUCUUUAGGCCCAUUCAUUCUGACCAGUCACACAAUGAUAGGGUCAGAUUUGGCCACAACCAUGUUUUAACAGCCAUGCUUAACUAGGUUGUCUAAACUCGGUUGUAAGACCUGUGUAGUUGGGGCUCUAGGUGACAUCCUCUUGGGGUCCAGUGGAGUGAAGCAGUCAUAUGACUGGUUAGAACUGUCAAGAGGCACAACCAUCCUAAUCUGCCCUCCAAACGCUGCAGCACUGCCAGCACUGUAAAAACUUUAAAUGGAACAGAUUAGAAAAUCUGAUAGCUUUAUAAAUGAGUUAGUAUGUCAUUUAUAACCUGACGUUUCCUACGAUUGCACUCCUUUUGGUGUCUUAAUGAUGCUUUUUGAUAUAAAGCUUGUUUCUAAAAAAGAAACGUAGUAACCACUCCAAGCACUAACUGCUUCACAAGGUUUCUCAGCCGCCAUUGUCUGUCAGUAGUACACAUAAGCAUUCAGUAGCUCCAUUGGUUGGCCUUUGGGAGUUCGCUUAGAUAGCUCACGUAGUUGUAAAAGAUUAAUCUAUUAAUUUAAAAUAAUGCAUAAGGGUUAAUUCUGUUUUAAAUGACAAAAAAUGUUCCUAAUUUUUAUUUUAAAGCAUUUGGGUUGUACUUCCUUAACCAUGCACAGGGUCUUACCUCGCUUGGUAAGGUGAGUAUUUGUUCUCCAGUGCACUGAGCAUUUGGUAUAUCAUAUGUGUAUUUUGCAGUUCCCAGGGAAAUAUCAGGUGACAAAGCAAUAGAAAAUUAGACAGUCUGAUGUAUACAGAGAACAGCAUUUGUGUCAAAUUGAUGUCCAAUUUAGGUACAUUUAUUAUAUAAAUACUUGUAAACUACAGCUAGACUUUUACAUGUAUUAAAUAAUUUAGAAUUAAUAUAUGUGUAUUUUAACUAGCUUUGUCAUGAUUGCUAUAGCUGUGUAUUAACAGCAGAAGAAUCAAAACAACUGAUUUAUUAGACUUUUUUUCAGACCAGGUUGCUGUUUAAGUUCAUUUAAAAGCACAAUAAUUAAAUGCAUGUAAAUAUGGAAUGAAGCCUUUUAAAAACAUGUUUUGAUUUGAAUGAUACCAAGUUUUCCCAGCCUAAUGUGUAAUAAAGUUUCCAUAGACCAGUGUCUCAUCAACUACCUGUCCAAAGCAGGAAGGUGAUAAAAGCAGAACUUGUGCACUAUUGUGGCUAUAUAUUUAUCCUUUCAGUUGAAGCUGAAGAUUUUUCUAUGUUGUAUUUACAUCGAUGGAUACGCCAUGUGUAUUUUGUAUACUUGUGCCUAAAUUCCAGGGUCAAGGAAAAUUAGAUCUGAAGGACGUAGCAGUGAUUUAGCAGUGGAGCCUAACCUAGAAGACAACAUUUUGCAAUACGCCUUUAUGAUGUUGUUGGUAGCAUAUUUAGUUCCUGUGGAGUUGGAAGAAUUGAUUAGUGUCUCCUGCCUCGCAGUAGAGAGAAGCAUUUACAUGAAUGAUCUAUCUAAGAUUCUACAAAGGGUUUCUUGGUAUAUUUCAAGAUGGCUUAGUCAGCUGGGUGGAGCUAGUGGCAACAGCAACAAAUAACUGCAGUUGAAACAGGUCCUGUGUCCACAAACCUGCAGCAUGGAACAAACACCGGAGAAGACCGAAAGGAAUUUAGCCAUCCCUUUUAGGAAAGACCCAGAAAGAGAGAGAGCUUCCUGCAAUGUCAGUCUGCCAACCUCAGUGUCUCUUUUAUUCAGGUUUUGAGCAUAUUUUUGGAAGUAAGAAAAGUACCCAUUUAAUUUUCUGCCUUUAGAACCACAGGACUAUAGUUUCACUAACUGAACUUCUUUGAUGUGAAACGCAUACAAAACCAAUGCACUAAAAGCAGACAUGGGCAGUGAGAUGGAAUAUGUUUUUUUAAGCAGAAGAAAAUCUACUUCAGCAAAGCAAACAGCAUAGAAAGGAGCAAAGGUUUGGGUUUGAGACCCAUUUAGCCACUGCAUAGGAUAGUUGCACAUUUUUUGAGAAACUGGGAACUUUUUUUUGUUCAUCUGCUUUUUGCACUUAAUUUUUCAUAGUGGAAUGUAAAUUUGAUAAUAAACAUGUAGAAACAUGCUGUUUUACAUGA